AUGUGGAUUCGGGAGCAUCUUUACUUCAAUGGUUUCAGUAAAAAUUAUUUGAAUUGGAUUUGGCAUGGCGAGGCUGUGGAGAAGGAUAGAUUAAAUUCGAGUGUCAACCAAGAGCUAACUGAUAAUUGUCAUGAUGAUUUUGAAACUGUUAAUUUGUGUGAGGCGGCGUAUGAUAACCAUACAGAAAAUCCAGAAGUAUUUAUGAAGUUUUUGGAGGAAGCAGAGAAGCCACUGUAUAAGGGAUGCAAAAGUUACACAAAGUUGAGUGCACUUGUAAAACUAUACAAUACCAAAGCAAGGAAUGGGAUGAGUGAUGCUCUAUUUUCAGAUCUAGUAGCAGAUUUUGGGGGCAUGCUGCCAGACAACCAUAAUCUGCCAUCGUCAAUUUAUGAAGCAAAGAAGACGUUAAAUAGCAGAAGAGUUGUUGGUCAGUUACGCCAUCCAGUUGAUUCACCGUCAUGGAAAUUGGUGGAUCAUAUGUGGCCCGACUUUGGAAGUGAGGCAAGAAAUAUUCGCCUGGCACUUGCAGCCGAUGGAAUUAAUCCUCACAGCAAUCUUAGUAGUCGCUACAGCUGCUGGCCAAUCAUGCUGGCCACAUAUAAUUUGCCUCCAGACAUGCUGUUGUUGGAAGGAGUUGAUGGAGUUUAUGAUGCUUAUCGAAGGGAGGUUUUCACUCUUAAAGCAGUUCUUUUAUGGACCAUCAAUGACUUUCUUGCAUAUGGUAACCUUAGUGGAUGUACUACACAUGGUUAUUACGCAUGCCCAAUAUGUGGUGAGGAUACUUAUGCAAAGCACUUACAAAAUGGGAAGAAAAUGUCAUUUGCUGGGCAUAGACGAUUCCUACCACGAUUUCAUCCAUAUCGGAGGAAAAUAAAGGAGUUUAAUGGCAUGGAGGAACUUGGUGAAGCAGGUAGGCCAUUAUCUGGAAUUAAGUUGUUUGACAAGAUUUCAGACAUAACAUGUGAGUUUGGAAAGAAAACAAGUGUGAAGGGGAAAAUAAGGAAAAAAGCAAAGGAGAAUAUUGUGGAAGACAUUGAAGAAGAAAAGUAUGUUGGAGCUAUAAAUUUCAGUAAAUGUUGGAAGAAGAAGUCAAUUUUUUUCAAUCUUCCAUACUGGAAAUACCUACAUGUUAGGCAUUGUCUCGAUGUUAUGCACAUUGAGAAAAAUGUUUUCGAGUCUCUGAUUAAUACUUUGAUGAACAUCAAGGGAAAAACCAAGGACAAUGUGGCAGCUAGGUUGGACAUGGUUCAGAUGGGAAUUAGGCCUCAAUUGGCUCCUAAAAUUGGUGAGAAAAGAACAUAUCUACCUCCUGCAGCAUGCUCAUUCACAAAAAAUGAGAGAUUACAAGUAUGUAGGUCAUUAAUGGAUAUAAAAGUUCCGGAAGGUUUCUCAUCAAACAUGAAGAAUCUUGUCUGCAUGGAUGAGAUGAAGCUGAGUAGCUUGAAAUCACAUGAUUCUCAUGUUAUAAUGCAGCACUUCCUGCCAAUAGUCAUACGUAAUUCUCUGCCAAAAUAUGUUAGAUAUGCUGUCAUAAGAUUAUGCUUCUUCUUCAAAGAUAUUUGUUACAAGAUUAUCGAUGUAGCCAAGUUAGAUAAGCUGCAAUCUGACUUGAUCAUUACACUCUGCUUAUUGGAGCAGUAUUUCCCCCCUUCUUUCUUCGAUAUCAUGCUCCACUUAACAGUUCAUCUUAUUCAUGAAGUCCAAUUAUGUGGACCAGUCUACUUCAGAUGGAUGUACCCAUUUGAAAGAUACAUGAAGGUGUUGAAAAGUUACGUAGGCAGUCGAAAAUAUCCGGAAGGUUGCAUUGUUCGGAGAUAUGCAGCAGAAGAAGCAGUUGAAUUUUGUUCAGAAUAUCUCAAUGACCUUGAUCCUGUUGGGGUGGCUGCUGAAAUUGAUAGUUGCAAUGGUGGAAUGACAUCGUCAUUGAGAUGGCUGGCCCAUGGACCACGUGUGCGAGUCUUAAAGUGUGAUAGCUAUGUCAUAAAUGGUAAUUUAUACCAAACAAAAGAGCGGGAUGAUGAGAAAGUUUGUCAAAACAGUGGUGUUUCUCUACUUGCCAACACGAUGCUUGUUUGUAGUGCCAAAGAUAAGAAUCCCGUGUUAGAGAAUGUGACUUUUUAUGGAGUUAUUGAAGAGAUAUGGGAACUAGACUAUCAUCAAUUUCAAGUUCCUCUUUUCAAGUGCGCAUGGGUAUCAAAUGACAAAGGAAUACAAUAUAAUGAUGAAUGUGGCUUCACCUUAGUUAAUCUGAACAAACGAAGCCACCAGAAGGAUGAAUUUGUGCUUGCAAGUCAAGUUAGAAAAGUAUUUUAUGUUGCUGACCCACUGAACAAAGGGUGA